CUUAUUCCAUGCGCAGUGAGAGUUCAUGAAAAAUUCGUAAUGAGGAGAAGGUUACGAUGAGCUACCUAAGGAUUGCGUGCCGCGCUUAUAUAAGGCCCAAGACAUCUCGUUCCUGGCUAGUGCGUUAGUCCCGUGUCACACAGUAGGUACUGAGGAGUGGUGAUGGCAUGGUGGCGGGCAGUGAUCGUGUUGGCGGUGGCUGUUGCCGUGAGUACUGACCGUCCACUAGUGCAAAUGAUUAGGGACGUCAUUCAGCAGCGCCAAUGGAACCACGUGGUGCUGCUCGAUCCAGAGGACUCAGCGGCAGAGAUACUGUCGCCCCAGGAGAUGGCGCAGCUACUGAGGGACGUCGUGAACUCCGCCGCGGGAUCAAUCAUUCCCUUGGCGUCCAAUAACACUGUUGUUCUCGGCCUCCACCGUUCGAUUCAGACCAGCACGUUCCAAGACGAGGCGGAUAGCGACGCCGACAUUGAAAGAGUGAUGUAUCUUCGGAACCCUCGCUAUAGAUUACAGUUCAUCGCACAGUGGGACGAGGCAGGGCAGACUUCCAAUUUCAUGCGCAUGGCAGGAAAACUGGGAUUCUACACUGAACAGCAAGAGUGGCUCGUUUUGCUGUCUAGGAAUGUGUCGUUCCAGCAAGUAAAAGACGUUCUCGCUGACGUCAACCUUUAUGUGGAUAGCGAGGUGAUGUUGUGCCUGGAAACUGUAGAAAGUCGCUUUGAAAUAAUCGAGGUGUGGAAUGUGGGACGAGAGGCAGGCAGCCACACCCUGCAGCAGGAGACAUGGGGCUUCUGGUCACCAGCUACAGGGCUGCGGCAGGUCACUCGCGGGCACAAAUACGAUCGACGCAAAGACCUCCAAGGCUUUCACCUUAGGGUGGCUACUAUAGAGACAAUGCCAUAUGAGAGUCUGGUGGAGGACAAGACACUUCAGAAUUUCCAUGAGGGUUAUGUUGUGGAUGUGUGGCACACCUUACAAGAACAACUCAAUUUUACCUACACUGCCACCAACACCCUAUUUGGCUCACUGCAAAAGGAUGGCCACACCUGGAACGGAAUGGUGGGGAUGCUGCAGACUGAUGAUGCAGAUGUGGCUGUGGCACCUCUGUCCAUCACACAGAUACGCUCCCUGUCCAUUGACUUCACUAUCCCUAUACAGAUCGUGAGCACGCGGUUAUACAUCCGCCGGCCAGUGCUGGAGGGCACCUGGACACUGUAUGGGCAGCCCUUCGAUGUGUACCUCUGGGUCACCAUACCAGUCUCCAUCCUCACAUGUGCUGCUGCACUAUGGCUCUUCAACUCAGUGACAGUGUAUCUGGGCGUCAACCAACAUUUUAUCAGCGCCAGUCAGGCAUUCUGGAUAAUAUUUUCAGGCAUUAUUCAGCAGUCCACAACGGUGGAACCUCGCCCAGUGUCAGGAAAGAUUGUGUUCUUCUCAGGAUUAUGGAUGGGUCUGGUGCUGCUCACUUGCUACUCAGCUAUCCUGGUGUCCAUCCUUACUACUCGCCAGCCCCAGCUUCCUUUUAAAGACUUUGAGGGACUCCUGAAAAAUCCAAACUGGAACCUUGGAGUCCGCACCAAUACUGCACUUGCUGACUCUCUUGCACUGGCUCCAGUGGGCUCUCCUAUGCGAAUGUCAUGGGAGAAGAUGGUAGGCAAAGAUCCAAUAAAGAAUCUUCCUGAUAACAACGACGAUGCUCUUGCCAGUGUUCUGCAAGGGAAGUAUGCAUUCUUCGCCAACAAGGAAUACAUAAUAUAUCGUCUUCAACGUCAACUCCCAGUCCAGCAAGCCAUGGACAUCGUGGACACCAAGACAGACUUCCUUCGCCGUGGCAUCGGCUUUGGUCUGCAGAAGCGCUCCCCUUACAAAAACCUAUUUAACCAUGUAUUAUCAAAGAUGACCCAGAAAGGCCAUUUGAAUCGCCUCAAACGUAAAUGGUGGCCCAACAUUGACCGGAACCCAGAAAAAGAUUAUCCAGCACCAGGCUUCAAGGAGGUUUUCACUGUGUUCAUCAUACUGGGAGGUGGAAUAAUUUGUGCAUUGGCAUUCUUGUUGAUAGAGGGCUUGGUCCAUGACUACUCAAGCUCGUCUUCGUCUAAACAAUCAACCUCUCCUUCCUUGUACUGACAGGACUAAGGACUGUACUGCUCAUAAUUAUUUCUUCAGAUUUCAA